UGUACAGCAUUCAGUAUACAAUGGAGAAUGCCUCGGCAGCAUGCAAGCACGAUCACUGGAUAUACUGUCUAUUACGCCGAGGUCAAGGCUGAUAAACCAAUUAGACAGCGGUCCCAUGAUGUUCCUCUCAGCCUGGACAUGCUCAGCACAGGUCAAGUGGAUGGGCAAGCAAUUUUUGAAGUCGUUAUUGGAGAUUUGAAGCCAGGUACCCUCCACCGUGUGAGUGUUGGAGCUUAUGGCUGGGCAGGAAAAGGCAUACCCAGCAUGCCCAGAAAUAUUACAACUUUGUCACAAGAUAAAUGUAUGCCUCCAGAUCCACCUUAUCAGCCUCAAGUAAUUGUUGUUUCUGACUCAGAAGUUGCUUUGUCAUGGAGACCAGGACCCAGUGAAGGAAGUUCCCCAAUUCAGUACUACACAGUGGAGUAUAUCAGGCCUGAUCUUGAUGCCAACUGGACAGAAAUUAGAGAGCAGAUCCAGAUGGACUCCAUGGUUCUGAAGGGGCUAACUCCAAACAGCAACUACCAGUUUGCAGUGCGAUCAUCAAAUUCCUACGGAACCAGUCUACCCAGUGCUCCCAGCGAUAUAGUCAGGAUGUUCAGUCCAGAGGAGCUAGGGAGUGGAAGCUAUGGGCAUCGGUAUAUCACAGACUCUGGAAAUGGCGACGAUGAUGGAAUUGAUAUUGAUGAUUCAGACUAUGACAUUUACAUUGAUGAGCUCAAACCACUUCCUGCUAUCAAAGGAGGCAACAGGAAGUUUUUCGUUGAAACGAAGAUCACACCAGAGGCAAAUGCAAGGCUUCUUUCCCGGUUGCGUGCCACUACUCCAUAUCCGAUUGCUUCCCCUUCAACGAUGACACCUCUGCCACGUACCACCACUGCUACCAGCACACCUCGUAAAGCCAGCAGGAAGAGCGAGGUGGCUUCAGUGGUACGGCAGUCUGAUCUUUCCUGCGACGAGACCAUCUGCUCGACUGAGAGCUUUUGUGUCAAUGACUAUGAACGGAGCGGCUCUCGCUGUCACUGCAACCUUGGCAAAGGAGGGGAUAGUUGUUCAGAAGAUGUUAAUAUUCAAUAUCCUCAGUUCUUCGGCUAUUCAUAUGUCACCUUUGAACCUCUCAAAAAUUCCUAUCAGACAUUCCAAAUCACUGUUGAAUUUAGGGCCGAAGCAGAGGAUGGGUUGCUUCUAUAUUGUGGAGAAAAUGAGCAUGGGCGUGGUGAUUUCAUGUCAGUGGGAAUUGUCCGACGAAAUGUUCAGUUCCGGUUCAACUGUGGCACUGGAAUUGCAGUAAUUACCAGCGAGAAUAGAAUUAAACUGGGCAGUUGGCACAGUGUAACUAUAUUCCGAAAUGGAUUGGAAGGUUGGCUGAGACUGGAUAACUACCCUCCAGUUUCUGGUAGAUCUCAGGGUCAAUACAGCAAAAUUACUUUCCGGACCCCUUUCUACCUUGGAGGUGCUCCUACAGCCUACUGGCUUGUGAGGUCUGCAGGAGUCAAUCGUGGCUUUCAAGGUUGCGUUCAGUCACUUAUUGUCAAUGGAAAGAUGAUUGACAUGCGUCCGUGGCCUUUGGGGAAAGCUCUCAGUGGCGCAGAUGUAGGUGAAUGCAGCAGUGGAAUUUGUGAUGAAGCUUCCUGCAUAAAUGGUGGCACUUGCACAGCAAGUAAAGCAGACCGCUAUAUCUGUCUUUGCCCACUUGGAUUUAAAGGUCGCCAUUGUGAAGAAGCUUUUCCCCUCAUCAUUCCUCAAUUCAAUGCAACUUUGAAAUCCUUUGCUACCGUCCCCUGGCCUUUAGAACCACAGAACUAUCUUUCUUUCAUGGAAUUUGAGAUUACAUUUUGGCCAGAUUCAGAGGAUGGGGUCCUUUUGUAUAGCUAUGACACAGGCAGCAAAGACUUCCUGUCAGUUACCAUGGUGAACAGCUAUGUGGAGUUCAGGUUUGAUUGUGGUUCAGGAACAGCUGUCAUCAGGAGUGAAGAACCCAUCAGUUUGAACCAGUGGCAUGAGCUCAAAGUGUCUCGCACUGCAAAAAACGGCAUAUUACAAGUUGAUCAGCAGAGACCAAUGGAAGGAAUGGCAGAGGGAGCUUUCACACAGAUUAAAUGCAAUCCGGACAUAUUCAUUGGUGGACUACCAAAUUAUGAUAAUGUGAAGAAGAACGCUGGUGUCCUAAAACCCUUCUCUGGAAGUAUUCAAAAGAUUGUUCUGAAUGACCGGACAAUAGACAUGAAGCAGGAUCUCACAUUGGCGAUCAAUCUGGAGAAUGCAGUUCAUCCUUGUGUCAUGGCCCCUUGCGCCAACGGAGGGUCAUGUGUGCCAAAGAAAGACAGCUAUGAAUGUGAUUGCCCUUUGGGCUUUGAUGGACAACAUUGCCAGAAAGCUGUUAUGGAAGCCAUUGAAAUCCCACAGUUCAUUGGCCGCAGCUACCUCACAUACGACAAUCCAGAUAUUCUUAAAAGAGUAUCAGGUUCAAGAACAAAUGUAUUUAUGAGGUUUAAGACUACACUAAUGGACGGUCUCUUGCUGUGGAGGGGGGACAGCCCCAUGAGACCCAACAGUGAUUUCAUCUCUCUAGGCCUUCAGGAUGGUACUUUGGUCUUCAGCUAUAAUCUGGGCAGUGGUGUUGCUUCCAUAGUAGUGAAUGGCUCUUUCAAUGAUGGCCGAUGGCAUCGAGUUAAGGCAGUCCGGGAUGGACAGUCUGGUAAGGUGACAGUGGAUGAUUACGGUGCUAGAACUGGCAAAUCACCGGGAAUGAUGAGACAGUUGAAUAUCAACGGGGAUCUUUAUGUUGGUGGAAUGAAGGAGAUAGCACUGCAUACCAACAGACAAUACAUGAGAGGACUGGUGGGCUGCAUUUCCCACCUCACACUUUCCACCGAUUAUCACGUUUCUCUGGUUGAAGAUGCAGCGGACGGGAAGAACAUUAACACUUGUGGGACAAAGUAACAUGGUUUUUACAGAGAGGAGCCUUUCUUACCCCAACACCAGAAACAAUAAAAAGACUGAUCUUGCAUACUGAGGAGCCCCUUGGAGCAAGGCCUGGACACAAGAACCAAAACUUAAACAGAAAUCUCAAAAAGGGGACCACUUCCUAUGUUCCUUUCCUUUGGAUCCUGUGCUCUCAUAGUCUUGCUGAGCACUUCAGAGCGGGAGCAUCACACUUCAACUACUAGUUGUAAUUAAGAGUACAGUCCAGCAAAUCCCCUACCUUCUUAUUUAUGGUUGGUGCUUUUCCAGCUGGGGCCCAUGCAUAAACAUGUACACAUCAUUGCCGGCUCUGUCAGCCAGUAUCCGAUUUCAAAUGUGUCCAGUUGGUAAGAGCCACUUGAAUUUGCCAGCAGCCAACUCGAGCAUGAAAUAAACGAGAUAGGCAUGGUUAGCAAGGUACCCUGACUAUGGAGACUUGUGAACAGAAACAACAUCUGCCUUACCUUCUACAGUUCAUUGCAAGGAGAAGCCUGAGUCCUCCGUCUGCAUUUUCCCACGGCUCUGCUCUUGGUUUCCAGUCAUCUCUCAAUACUUCUCCUUUAGUAAGGCCUGUCCAGCAUGAGAGGGUAGAUCAGUUGGAGUUGUUCGCCUGCUGUGAGAAACUUGAGUGCAAUAAAUUGCAGUACGGUUAGGCCAGCGCUACCAGCCGCCAUGACUGCUAAAUCACCUAGUCUGUUGGAUUUGCACUCCUCUGCUUUAAGAGUUCUGCCACUCCACGAGGCACUGAGAGGACCCCCUUCUACUGCCUCAACACGAGCUUCAUCAAUGGGGGCUAGCAGGGGGACACAGCAGAUCAAAUGGUCAAUUUCUGGAUUGUUAAGCAUCAGAUUAUUAAUUUGGGUCUCUUUAUAAUGACCUUGGGAACUGUACGAGGAAAUAGAUGCAUUAUAGAGAACUAUCGUGCUGGGAAGACAGUGUUCAGAUUUCUACACACACUGGGUUUACGUAUAUCUGGAGAACAUCCAUGCAAACCCUGCUCCCUAAAACUGAUAUGGUACAAUACAAGAACAGGCGUAACCAUAUGAAAUGGCACUUGGAUAGACUACGUCACUUCCUUUUCUUCGCCCCCCUCCCCCUACGAACAGAGGCAGAGAAAACUAUUUUGUGUUCUUUAGUUCUCUAGUCUGGGGAAGGGUGAGGAUGGUGUUUGUGUGAUGUUGCUAAAGAAAUUACCAAAAUCUGAAGAAUUCUUUUAUGUUUGGGACAGAAUUUGAGAACUACAAAUUUGAAUUGGGGCUGAGAUGGGAGAGCCAUAUGUCCAUCCAGGUCCUGGGUUUCAAGAGCUUAGAUGUUGGUAUCCCUGUGUAUUCAAUCAUGUUGAUGCUAAAUUAGGAAGGCCACUCCCCCCUGUCUUUAAUGAGAUGUUCUUCCUCCUUAGCGUCUAUCUAGCAGGCUGGGGCACCACAAUUGAUUCCACAGUGUACCAUAUGAACUGGGCUGCUGCAGAGGGUUGACAGAUCCUUUCAGCUUGUUUUCAAGGAAAAUGUGGCAAAAUUAGUAAACGUCUUUAUAUCUUAAAUGAGGGGAGGGGAACUACCCUCAAGAUUUCAAAAGAAAUCAAAUAUGAGGGAAUGUGAAACUGAUUCUGUAUGUCAAUGGCCAGACAUAAAACUCAUAGUCAGCCCUGGGUGGUGGGGGUGGUAGGAUGAUACUCUGCAGGGGCACUGGGGGCUUUGGAAAGACCAUCUUGCUGACUAGCAGAUCAGUGUACAAAUAGUGUUGUAGCAGAAUGCCAGUGCUAUGAUUUUAUAAACAUUUUCUUUUCCAGGCUAAGAAAUAAUAUUGAAAAUGGCAAUCUUUAUAGCUUGCAAUGACACAGUGACUGUACCAGCCAACCAACUCUGUUGCAUACGUUAAAAGAGUUGUAUUUAUGCAUUCCUUUAUCCUAUUAGCCUCAACAAGAAAAGUUAAUAUAUUUAUAACUCCACUCCUUUCCCAGGUAAAACUAUCUGCAAGAGUUAACUUCUUUCCAGGUUAUGCUAUUUUCAGAAAACAAUGGUUCUUAAUAUUUUAAACCUAUUUUUUUUAAUUACAAGCAGUGAGUAUCAACCACCACAUUUUAUAGCACUGAUUUUGUACUUGUAUAUUUUUAUAUAGGAGCAGCUACGACAUUGUUUGGGUAGAUAAUUUUGCAAAAGAAUUAGGUUCUGACCCAUUUAGCAUGCUGUAUGUCUUUCCCGGAAGGAACAAGAAAAGUACAGUGAGGCAAAAAGGUUGCAUUUUUGCUUAUUCUGUGAUUUCAGUGGAAGUACUUGUGAGAUUUAACAGGUUUUACAGUCUUUUCUGGGUGUAUGUGUGUAUAAAUUCAGACAGCAAAAAACAUGCAUUAUUGAAUCUAUUCUGGCUUGAAAACAUUGAAAAUAUGUUUAAUUGAGUUCUACUGUGACAUUUUGGCAUCAAGGGUUGUUUUUUACACAGAAUCUGGGCAACAUUAAGUACUGAAGAUUUAUUUUAUGACUAGUGAACUUCAAUAAUAUUAUUUUAUGACUAGUGGACCUCAAUAAUUUUCCCAAGUGCACCCCAAGGAGAGAAAGUUUAUGAACCUCUGGAAUAGUGUUGCAACAAGAGGGUAUUAUUGCUACUACAAAUUCAUGGAGCUUUCUAGGGUCAGACAUUAUUCUUCCCGUGAUUCUGCACACAGAUGGAAUUAAAUAAAGCUUAUUCCUAAGGAAAAGUAUAUAUAAGUAUCUGAAAAGUGUGUAACAAAAUACAUUUAUUGAAGUUCAUGACAGUAUUCUAGCAAAAUUCAUAAUGCACGGGCAUUACAGAGAAAAAGCAGUACAUUGCCAUACAAAUAGCCAGGCGAAACAGCUUUUGGUUCAUGCUAAAUUCAGUAUAUUAGUACUACAUAAUUUAUAUAGCUUCAGUCUCUCCUCCAUAGCUGUAUUUUUCCAAUAUUA